UGAGGGCGGGAAGGGUGGGGUAGAAGGAGGGCGGUCAAGCCGCUGGGCUUCUUUGCCUCCGCGUCCUUCUUAGCCCCCCUUCUCCCCCCCUCCCCUCUAAAUCGUAGGGAUUGCUCCGUUCCCUCUGCCGCCCUUCUUUCUCCUUCCCCGUCCUGCAACUCUUCUUCCCCACUAUUUAACGCUUCUUUUGGGACACAGAUUUUAGGAGGUGGGGGGGGAGAGAAAAAACGCUCCUGUUUUGCUUUCUUGGCCACACGGUCCCUUUUCCUUUUUACUGUCCCCCCAAAUCCUCCCUCUCUCCAUAUAUCGAGACUUUUGGAGCUUUUCCAGAUCUUCUCCCCCCACCCCAGCCUUCUCUCCUUUGCAGCUUAAUUGCAACCAUAUGUAACCAGAAAUAACCUUCCCAUGUGUCGCAAAGGGAUUUCCUCCCAAAGGAAUGGUUUUCGAAUUGCAGCUAUUGCUUCUCCUUCUUAACUUCCAUCCACCUUCAGCCACUUUUUCCUAGCAUACUUUGCCUUUCGAUUUCCCCCCGUUUCUUUAUUUUGUCAAUCCUCAUCCUCCAAUCUCCUUUCUUUCCCUCCCUUCCUUCCUUCCCUCUCUCUUUCUCUUUCUCUCUCUCUCUCUUUCUCUCUUUGGCACGCACACAACACAGAGAAGGUUUAAAGAUCCUCCCCUUCAGUUCCGACAUCUUCCUUUCUCUCCUCCUUUCUCAUCCUCGGACCCCCCUCAGCCCCGAUCCUUCCUCCUCCUCCUCCUCCAGCUGUGCAGUUGCUCCGUCAUCCUUUGUGUCUGAUGGGGAGCACUGGUGCCUGUCAGUGCCACGGUAUUUGGUCGAGGUUUCUCUUCCUUCCCUGCUUUUUGGCAUCCCUUCAAAAUGUUUCUUCGGGUGAGCAGCAGGUAUAGCUUCAGAACACAUGAAGAGUGCUUUCUGUGAAGAAUUUGGGCAUCAUUAGUUCCGGAAUCUUUAUGAAGCAUUUAACAUUAAAGCAUGGCAGAAAAUAAAGAAAGAAAACCUAAAAAUGCAGAUGUGAGACCCAAAACCAGCCGGAGUAGGAGUGCAGACAGAAAGGACGGAUAUGUAUGGAGUGGAAAGAAGCUUUCCUGGACAAAAAAGAAUGAGAACAGUUCUAAUGCCGAAAUGGCAAACGCCUCAGGAAUACCUACGUUAAGUCUAAGGAACCAGGAGAGAAAACAGAGCUGUUCCUCAGCUGAGAUGGAGUUGGAACAUGUAUGUGGUCACAGAUUCCUAAGCCGUUCUUUUAAACAGAAAUUGCAAGAUGCGAUGGGACAAUGUUUCCCCAUAAAGAGUUGUAGCAUUCGGCAUUCUUCAGGGCUUUCACCAAAGAGAAAAAUACAUAUCAGUGAGCUUAUGCUGGACAAAUGCCCUUUUCCACCACGAUCUGAACUAGCAUUUCGGUGGCACUUAAUCAAGCAGCACACUGCCCCUGUAAGACAAAAAUCUGAAAGCUGGCUAAGUAUGGGUGCAUCAAAAGGUGAAAGGAAAGAUGAAGAACUGAGAGAGAUUGAGAGGGCAGAUGAACCAGACUCCGAUGUAUUGCAGGAAAGUAAUGUUAUUGACUCCUAUCCGUGUGAUCCUCAAGAGGAAUCCGCCAUGGGUAGUAAGCAGCUAAAGAGCAGCAGAGAGGAAAGUGACAUGGACUCUGAUGAUGAAGUAGUGACACUCUGCACUAGCUCCAGGAAGAGAAACAAAUCACGGUGGGAAAUAGAGGAUGACCUGCUGCAGCUGCAGAUGCCACUCAGAUAUCAUACCCAGAUUGAUUAUGUUCAUUGUCUGGUUCCUGACCUCCUUCAGAUCAAUAAUAACCCAUGUUACUGGGGAGUGAUGGAUAAAUACGCUGCAGAAGCACUUUUAGAUGGAAAGCCAGAGGGGACUUUUUUAUUACGUGAUUCUGCCCAGGAGGAUUACUUAUUUUCCGUUAGUUUCAGGCGUUAUAGUCGUUCUCUUCAUGCUAGGAUUGAACAAUGGAAUCACAACUUCAGCUUUGAUGCUCAUGAUCCAUGCGUCUUCCAUUCUCGUGACAUUACUGGACUUUUAGAACAUUAUAAAGAUCCAAGCUCUUGUAUGUUCUUUGAGCCACUUCUCUCGACUCCCUUACACAGAACUUUCCCUUUUUCCCUUCAACAUCUAUGCAGGACAGUUAUUUGUAACUCUACAACUUACGAUGGCAUAAAUGCCCUUCCUGUUCCUCCAUCUGUAAAGCUGUAUUUGAAAGAAUAUCAUUAUAAAUCAAAAGUAAGAGUCCUCAGGAUUGAUGUACCAGAUCUACAUGCCUAGAAAUACAUUCUGGAAAUUCUUUAUAAUUAUUCUGGGAUGUUUUUAUUUCUCUCUCUUAUUAACAAAAUUUUCAUGCAAAAAUGUCUACAGAUCACAUUUAACUUUGCCUGAGUCUUAUGUUCAAAUAGAUUUUUACUUCCUGCCCCAAUGAACAGGUUUCUGUAAAAACACAAAAUUGGUACUAAUAUUCUAUAAAGCUUUGUGGAAUUUCAAGGAAGCCAUUUUAAAGUUUUCAUUCAAGCUUAACUUUUUAGAUACGAAGCUAAGUCAAGGUUUGACUUGCCUUUUAUAAACUAAUUUAGAUGCACUACAGGCAUGCUUGAAAAACAAUAUAGUAGUUCUUCCAGAAUUGCCAAUUUGUAGGAUUUUUUAAAAAUUAUUCUGUCCUUGUUAUAACAGUAAAAUUAAUAAGAUUGUGAUGCUCCUACCAUUCUGGGUACUUGUUGUUUUAAAUUUCAUAUAGGUUGCUUAAAUUUUGAGAUUAAAUGUCACAACCAUAUGCUGUUUGUCAAGAGUUUUUGGAGUUUUUAUCAUUUUUAAUAAAUGUUGAAUAUAUAUGUCUAA